ACCACCAGUAUGUUGGCUUCUGUUUCUCCCAAGUCAUGCUUGGUCUCCUUGGAUGACUUGCUACUUUGUCAAGAAAGUUGCUGCAUGUUCAGUGUGAUCAGUGAAUAAUUUCAAAGUUAAGCUAAGAAAAAGACACAGCAGAUUCUUUUUUUUUUUUCCUUUUUCUUUUUCUGGAAAGCAAUAUAUGAAAUGCUUUUGUCUUGGAACUCAAGAAUUCUAACAUUUUGAAGUCAGUUCCCGCAGCAGUCUAGAUAAAGGGGGAAGACAAGGGAUCAAAUGGAUAGCGCGGGUAAUUCGGAUGAAACUUGUGAUCUGGGAUAUCAACCUUCACAAUCUUCUUUAGAUCAGAAUGAUCAAUCAUCGUCAACCGAAGCCACCAGCUUUUCGUUGCAGAGUGGCUAUUCUUUCUGCAGAACUAACUCAGACGUCUCAGCCUUCUCUGAACCUACAGAUGACAACAGCAGCACCUUUUCGGAGACCCCCUCUCCCUUAUGUUGGCCAGGAAUGAAAUCUCCCAAAACUCCUGUGCUUUCAAAACUAGUAAUGCAGCAACAAAACCCUGCUGCAGAUGAUGAGACAGAGACUGAAGAUUUAGAGCUUGACAUGAUGAAGGAAAGAUUUUCGAAGCUGCUAUUAGGCCAAGACAUGUCCGGAAGUGGGAAAGGUGUCAGCACUGCUGUGGCAGUAUCAAAUUCCAUAACAAAUCUUUAUGCUUCUAUAUUUGGUCACCAUCUACGAUUAGAACCAUUACAUCCUGAUAAGAAAUUGAUGUGGAAGAGAGAAAUGAAUUGCUUUUUAUCCAUCUGUGACCACAUAGUAGAAUUUGUUCCAGCAUUACAUGAUUUACAAGAUGGGACUGCUGUUGAGGUGAUGACUAGUAGACCGAGGUCAGACAUCAGCGUCAACCUUCCUGCACUGAGAAAACUUGAUGCAUUGCUCCUGGAAGUAUUGGACAGCUUUGAGGAAACUGAAUUUUGGUAUGCUGAACAGGGAAGCAUGUCAGGAAAGUCGCGGUCUGGGUCAUUUAGGAGGAUUCCUGCUCCUCAGCGCAAAGAAGAAAAAUGGUGGCUACCAGUCCCAUGUGUUCCUUCUGGAGGCCUCUCUGAGAAGUCAAGGAAGCACCUGCGCCACAAGCGUGAUUGUGCCAACCAAAUACACAAAGCUGCCAAGGCUCUUAAUAAUAGCAUUCUUGCUGAAAUGGAGAUCCCUGAUUCCUACAUGGCAUCACUUCCUAAGAGUGGAAAAGCAAUUGUUGGAGAUGCAGUUUACCGCUAUAUGUGCAAUGGGGAGAAAUUUACACCUGACUUGCUUCUGAACUGCCUUAAUCUGGGCUCUGAACAUGAAGCACUCGAGUUCGCAGAUAAGAUUGAAGCUUCAAUGUACACAUGGAGGCGUAAAGCAUGCAGCAUGACACACUCGAAAUCAUCAUGGGACCUGGUUAAAGACUUCAUGUCUGAUAUCGAUCGGACGGACAAGAAUCAUAUCCUAGCAGAACGAGCUGAGAGUCUGUUGUUCUGCUUAAAGCAAAGAUAUCCUGAGCUUUCCCAAACAUCAUUGGACGCAAGCAAGAUUCAUCACAACAGAGAUGUAGGGAAAGCUAUCCUGGAGAGUUACUCUAGAGUAUUGGAAGGUUUGGCCUUCAACGUUGUUGCUUGGAUUGAGGAUGUCCUAUUUGUGGACAAAACCACACGAAACCAAGAUCAGUAGGAUCAUAUUGACGGGGUGUUAUCAAAAGCCGAACUCAGUUUCUGUCAAGCUGCACAUUUGCAAACAGCAAGAAAGGAUCUUUUUGACUGACAGCUACAAUAGGAGAAAAUCGGUUCAUUAUAUCAAUAACUAGCUAGUAAUGCUAAGAUGUCAAUCACUCUUAAAUGCAGUCUCGAUUCUGAUUUAUGACCCAAGAUUUAUUACCAA